CGGCGCAGGCGCGUUUCGGAGGCUCCCGAUUUUGCUCGCAGCGCUGAGAGCCGGGCCGGGCAGACGGGCGCGAGCGGGCUGUGCAGACUGGGUGCGCGCUGGACGCGGGCGGCUCGAGGCAUCCGUUUGGGCGGCGUUCGGAGCCCGACCGGCGGGCUGAGGAGCGGGCGCCGCGAUGGCCGAGGGCAGCGCCGUGUCAGAUCCUCAGCACGCCACGCGCCUACUGCGAGCGCUCAGCUCUUUCCGCGAGGAGUCCCGCUUCUGCGACGCGCACCUGGUCCUCGACGGGGAGGAGAUACCGGUGCAGAAGAACAUCCUGGCGGCUGCCAGCCCGUACAUCAGGACAAAGUUAAACUAUAAUCCUCCAAAAGAUGAUGGAUCAACCUAUAAGAUUGAACUUGAAGGAAUAUCGGUAAUGGUUAUGAGAGAGAUCCUGGAUUACAUCUUCAGUGGGCAGAUCCGGCUGAACGAAGAUACCAUCCAAGAUGUUGUGCAGGCAGCGGACCUGCUCCUGCUGACGGACCUUAAAACUCUGUGCUGUGAGUUCUUAGAAGGCUGCAUUGCCGCCGAGAACUGCAUCGGAAUCCGAGACUUCGCACUCCACUACUGCCUGCACCACGUCCAUUACCUGUCCACAGAAUACCUGGAGACUCACUUCCGAGAUGUCAGCAGCACAGAGGAAUUCCUAGAACUGAGUCCUCAAAAGCUUAAAGAAGUGAUUUCUCUUGAGAAGUUAAAUGUUGGCAAUGAACGAUAUGUAUUUGAAGCAGUCAUCCGAUGGAUAGCACAUGAUACAGAAAUAAGAAAGGUCCACAUGAAGGAUGUCAUGUCAGCGCUGUGGGUUUCAGGGUUGGACUCGAGCUAUUUACGGGAGCAGAUGCUGAACGAGCCGUUAGUCCGAGAGAUCGUCAAAGAGUGCAGCAACAUCCCUCUCAGCCAGCCGCAGCAGGGGGAGGCCAUGCUCGCCAGCUUCAAGCCCCGGGGCUACUCGGAGUGCAUCGUGACCGUUGGCGGAGAGGAAAGAGUCUCACGGAAGCCAACAGCAGCGAUGCGAUGUAUGUGCCCCCUGUAUGACCCUAAUCGGCAGCUGUGGAUUGAACUGGCCCCUUUAAGCAUGCCGAGAAUCAACCACGGAAUCCUCUCAGCAGAAGGAUUUUUGUUUGUAUAUGGGGGCCAAGAUGAAAAUAAGCAGACCCUGAGCUCAGGAGAAAAGUAUGACCCAGAUGCAAACACAUGGACCACAUUGCCACCAAUGAACGAGGCAAGACAUAACUUUGGAAUUGUGGAGAUAGAUGGGAUGCUGUACGUUUUAGGAGGAGAAGAUGGUGAAAAAGAGCUAAUUUCCAUGGAAUGUUAUGAUAUUUAUUCUAAAACCUGGACAAAGCAACCCGAUUUAACCAUGGUUAGAAAGAUUGGCUGCUAUGCAGCCAUGAAAAAGAAAAUCUAUGCCAUGGGUGGAGGAUCGUAUGGAAAACUCUUCGAGUCUGUGGAAUGUUAUGACCCACGGACCCAGCAGUGGACCGCUAUCUGUCCACUGAAAGAGAGAAGGUUUGGAGCUGUAGCCUGUGGAGUCGCCAUGGAACUGUAUGUAUUUGGGGGAGUCAGAAGUCGCGAGGACAUCCAGGGGGGCGAGAUGGUAACCUGCAAGUCAGAAUUCUACCACGAUGAGUUUAAAAGGUGGAUCUAUCUUAAUGACCAGAAUUUAUGCAUCCCCGCCAGUUCCUCUUUUGUGUACGGAGCUGUCCCCAUAGGAGCCAGUAUCUAUGUCAUCGGAGAUCUUGAUACAGGUACCAAUUACGACUACGUGCGCGAGUUCAAAAGGAGCACGGGAACCUGGCACCACACCAAGCCCCUCCUCCCCUCCGACCUCCGCCGCACCGGGUGUGCAGCCUUACGUAUUGCGAAUUGCAAGCUUUUCCGCCUGCAGCUUCAGCAGGGCUUGUUCCGCAUCCGCGUUCACUCACCUUGACGGGGCCGCGGCGCGGAAGCGGAGCUCCUGACCAAGCGCGCCGGGACGCGGCGCUCUGCGAGGGGACAGAGAUGGCAGGCGACCCUUGCUCUGCGCCGGCCUCUGUGCGGUAACGCGAGUGGUUUUGUAAUGCUUAGAAGCCUGGGCUUCCAGCUCUUGUUCGGGAGAACACGUAACUGCUGAAAAAAAAACGAGGAGGAGUCAGUUCCUCCAGGAGAUGCACCCCUAGACCAAGCGGGCUAGUCAGCGUCAGAGGAAAGGGGAAGUGGGCAUCCGUGUCAUGUAAAAUCAGGAAGUUACAGCACCAAGGUGCAUGUUCCCCGCGGGGAGCUCACGUCUGGCUGACCGCUGUGUUCGAGUACCUGGCUUUGGUUAACAAACGAGCAAACAUGCAUAUAUCAACAUAUCCAAACAUACCGGGAUUGCUUUUCCACUGCACUUGGAAGGAGAUAUUAUGCCUAACUCUGCCCAGCAAUUUAAGGUUUGUGCCUAAAAUGUUAGAUUGGACUCAAUGCCAGUUAGUCUCCACUUACUACUAGUUCUCUGUCCUAAGAAUCUUUUUUAAACUAAAUUAUGAUGAAUGGAAACUAAGAUAAAAUUUCUCUUUUAUGACAUUCUAUCUUAGUAAUCCAAAAGAGUCAAUAAAUUAAGGAGUCAGGUGGCAGCCUUCCUGUGAAUUUAAAGGAAGUUGCUGACUUCUGUGUUAAUUCAGAUGAAGAUGUGUCAUGCCGUCAUUUCUGGGGUUGUGAAGGAUCUCAUGCAGUGCCAGUCUUCCUUUCCAACUAACCAGAACUGUUUUAUAAAUAUGAGGAUGUUAGUGAGUAGGAGAUUUUGUAAAAGAAGGACCUGAGCCGGACAAAUAAUAAAGGUCUGCUAUGACCAAAAAAAAAAAAAAGUCCAGAGAAAAUAUAUAGGGAUCAAAAACUUUUAAAAGUAAUCUGUCUGAAAGCACACGAAGUCUUGUCUACUACUGUCUAGGAUUUGAAAACGUGUCUUGGAAUGCAAAUCCAUGUUAAGAAUCUAGUCUUUGUAGCAGAAUUUUCUCAAUGCCGUUCACUAGUACGAGUUUCAGACAAAUUACAUUACAAGUAAAGGUUGGCUGGUAGAGUAAACUACCUCAACUUAAUUUCAUUCUGUUCGUUUAGAGCAAAUUAAUCCUUUCCUCCUUCUCUCCCUCUCACUCCCAUGUCGACCCACAUAACCCCACUCCCCAAGGGAGAAAAAGUCUGUCAUUAGUGGCACUUACCUUGUAAGAUAUUUUGUUUUCCAUUCGAAUUAUACCACCUUAGUGUGAAACCAAGGAGUUCAAAGUGCUUGAUGACUUCAUCAUUUGAAUUUUAUGCAAUAUCAAAUUUCUAAUCAAUUUAAUAUAGAGCUCUUCAUUUCUAAUUGUUUUCUACAGCUUUCCCCCCCCCCCUUAGUAUAUGGCUAUAAGAAGCAGCAUUUAGUCUUAAUGAUUAAUAAAUGUAUAAGUGUAUCCUUUGGUUAUAAAUUUGAGAAUAGAAAUUUCUCCUAGAAACUUCCUUCCUGGAAUGUCUGUAUGCUUUUCCCAUGCAUAUGAAACAUCACUUGUCUUUUCCCACCCAGGAACAGUAGAAGUCAAUCCAGUGCUAGAAAAGUCACUGAGCAGCCUUGUCUGUGGGAAUUCUAAAGAAUGUUGUGUGUGCGCAUUAACUCUCCAUCCUGGCAGAGACAUGGGUAAAAGGAGGUACAGGGUUUUCCUCUUCUCUAUCAGAGGCACUGGGCCAGAUAUGCCAGCCAUUCACAUAACAGACAGAUUUGACAUGUAAGUCAAAGCCAGCCUCUUUGCUUUGUACCGUGUACCAGUCAGCUGUUGUCUGCACGCUUUCCCCAGGAUACCUUGGAUGUCUUUUAAUCAAAGCAAACUGCAUGGCCACUGCAAAGAAAGAAAACUUUCUUUGUACAACUAGAUGUUAGUUUUAGAGGAAAUAAAUUUCUGAAAAAGUGGAUUUUCUUUGGUAAAAUGUCCCAUACAGAACAGAACCUUGGCCUUCAGAAGCCACAGCUGAGAUACAUUAAAGUGGUAACUGAUGUCCUAUUAAAGCCAUGACAGUCAGCAAUUCUCUUUUCUUUAAUUACUGAAAUUUAAAGUCCUUCCCAGGCUAUGCCAGGCCUCUCCAAGGAGACAGUUCAUUGUUUAGGAGUGAAUGGGUCCCUGUUGCAAUAUUAUCAGUGCCUGCAUGACUUGGUCAAUUCAUUUUAUAAAAGUAGUUUGUUUUUUUUUUUUAAUUUAGUUCAUUGACACUGUAGCUGCAGAAAUUAGGUAACUUUUUUAAAAUUAAAUUUGCCACAUAAUAUGGGAUGCAAUAAACAAGAAAAGCUGCUAAGUGCCAAACUGUUAUUUUACUAUAUAUAAAUAUAAAAAUAUUACAUUGAAGUGUAGGGAUGUAUUUAAUUUUAUUAUGUUCCAAAAUUAAUCAUGACUUUUUUGUAAAUUACAGUUACUUUAGUAUCGUGAAAAAAUUUUUAACUCAUUUCACACAGGUUUGUGUUUUAACCAUCCAUUUAUGCCUUGAAAUAUCCUUUCUUGGUAAAUUUUUUUUUUUUUAAAGAUUUAUUUAUUGAUUGAUUGAUUCAUUGAUUGCUAUGUUGGGUCUUCGUUUCCGCGCUAGGGCUUUCUCUAGUUGCGGCAAGCGGGGGCCACUCUUCAUCGCGGUGCGAGGGCCUCUCACUAUCGUGGCCUCUCUUGUUGCGGAGCACAGGCUCCAGAUGCGCAUGCUCAGUUGUGGCUCACGGGCCCAGUUGCUCCGCGGCAUGUGGGAUCUUCCCGGACCAGGGCUCGAACCCGUGUCCCCUGCAUUAGCAGGCAGACUCUCAACCACUGCGCCACCAGGGAAGCCCUCUUGGUAAAUUUUUGAUACUUCUUUAUCCAUUAGGCACUUUUAUCAGGUGUGUGUUGGAAAUUAGUGGCGAAAGAUAGAUCUUAAAAUUUUAAAUACAGUAUCUUUGGGGGAAGUGCAAUUUAUUUUCAUUAUCCGCCAACAGAAGGAAAGUUGUCUCAGCUUAGAGUAAUUUAAAGGAUUUCUUCUAGGCUACGGUCUAAAGUAGGUUUGUUUGUUUCUUUGUUCAACACAUCCAAAUACAGAUUUUUUUUCAAAGAUUUAAGUGUUUAAUUUAAAAUGAAGUUUUAAAUUUUUUUGUGAUAGUGCUUAUAUCCUGUGAGAUGUAAAAGUGUGAGAGAGUGUGUGUGUGAGUGUGUGUAUGUGUGUGAUGUGACUAGGUAAGUCUGUUUGUAUAUGUUUACCUUUGGAAUUGUCGUUCCAAACUACAUAUAUUAUUGUCUCCUGGUGCUUCAGAUAAAUUCUUGAGCCUGUGGUCCUUCAGUUUAUACUACUGUGUUAAACUCAUGUUGAGUGUAUAUAUUGACGUAUUUGUAGUUUGUAGUAAGUUUUACUGGGCGUUUGCAUUUCUUUUCUUUAGCAUAUUAAAAGCAGUGUUAGUGUUUACCAACUCAUAGUUGCUAUGUUAUAAAGAUUUGGCCUAAGAAAUUUCUAAAUUCAUCAGUUCUUUUACUGCUAUGAGGAGUUGAUAGCUGACGGUAGGCUUUUUUCAAACUGUGCAACCACCAAAAAAGAGUAUUUGGGGGAUGUUGGAAGGCAUAUUGUUCGUCUUGAAGUGUUCUGUUAUCUUUCACUACCACGUUAACGAUGGCACUUUCUUCGGUGAUGCUUUGGAAGUGCCAGUUUGUCAUUUAUGAGUGAGGAGCUCCCUAGGCAAUGCAUGGGAGAUCCAUCGUUUAUAUUGACGUGGUAAAGACAGGGCUCCUUUGCUGUGGCACUGCAGUUACUCAGGGUAGCAAGUUAGGUUUUUAGAGAAAUGUGUUAGCUGCUUAGGUCCUUUGGGGUUCCGUUUGGUGUGUUCCUGCUUCAUUGCACCAAACCAGGGAUCUCCAAAAGUUUUCUGAGGAGCAUUAAAAACACUGCAGUAUUACCUUCCAGAACGUUGGCUUUCUUGAUUCAAGAGGAGGCUGCCUGUGGUCAGAUGAAGACAUGUGAUUAUCCGGGGACAGAAUGAGGUGGCACUUUCACCACGUCAGUUUUGAAGGUGCUGGAACCCCCGUACAGAGCACCCCGUGGAAGGGAAGGGAAGGGUGAGGCUGCUCUGGUUCAGCGGCUGCCCCUGGAGCCGUGAGAGGAGAGACUCCAGCCGGCACAGAAAAGCCCGCCCUGGGUUUCAUCAACAGUGUCGACUGAGCACCUACUCAGCAUUCUGCUUGGGCUUCUGGGGAGCUUCACAGUGAGGCAGAUGAAAUCCUGCCCUCCCUCUAGACUGUAAACUCCUUGUGGGCAGGAACCCUACUUUAGUCUUCUGCUAAUCCUAGUGCUUGGCACACAGUAGGUAAGUCAAUAAAUGACCAAUGAAUACAGUGUCCUUGUGAUCCAGGUGACGUUCUUCGCAGGAUUGAAAGGGACUUGCUUUUAAAUGAGAAACUUUGCACACAGAUAGGUCGGCCUCAUAAUACAGAGUGGGAAACCAGUACAGAAUAAAAAAUGCAAAGUGCCUGACUUAUAUGUGACGCACAGCUCUGUGGUCUCCAUAUGUUCUGGAGGAUUUCUGAGACCCUGUACUCAGCACACCCAAUAAUGUUUACCGCAUCUAAUGUUGGGUUUUGUUCACUGCUUUUUAUAUGGGGCUCAAAAUCUUUUCCAGAACGUACUGCUUUGAUCCUCACGUCUCUGUGAUGGGUGCAGUGCUCGCCAUUGGACAGAAAGCAGCCUUUGAGGCCCAGUGGAUACAGCUUCAUUCCCCGCUUCAGAUGUGAGUAGAAGCCAAAAGGUGGAAUCUGGUCUUUGGAUUAUCAAUUUCACUGUUCAGUGUAUUAGAAUAUCACUUAAUUUUUUAGGCAUACAAGUAUUUUUAAUCAUAUAAUAACCAUUUAUGGUAUAACUUAAACCCCCAAACAUAUCCUUUGCAAGUUGCACAAAUACAAACUAAAAGGUCUUUGGUUUUCUUUGUCAUUUAGCUGUGGGAAAUUUAAGAAUUUACUAAAGUUGUAAGAACAGAAGUCAUAAGCGUUUGUGUUUGAGAGAGAAGCUGUUUUUACUUUUAAAAGCUGAAGCUUCAUUUAUCCUUCCCUUUCUUACCACAUGUAAUUAGUAAGGGAAAAGAUACUGUGUCUUAGAAUGUUGAGGAAAGCAUUUUGCUAGCUUUCUAGUAAUCCCUGAAGUAUUCCCUAGAGCUGGUUGAUGGAAGUUUAUGGUACAAGGGUGAGGAAUGCCCCACUUGCCCACAUUUGAGGGGAACGUGAACUCAGGUGAGUUAAUCCUGCCUGCUGGCAGCUGAGUCCUCCUGGUGUUGAACUGGAGACUUCCUCUAUUUUUUGGCAAACCAGCUAGUAAAAAUUCUAAAUUUUUUGUAAUUUUUUUUCAGAGGUAAUUCUAUUAUUUUAAUUUUAAACAUAUCUCAACUUGGUCUCUGCAGUAUGUGACGUGUGAGAAGCUCAGAUGUAACUCUAUAUUCUUUGGACUGAUGCAUACUGAUUAGGAAAGUUAGUUCUUUUUCAAUUCUAUCAUUGAAGUUCUCUAAGCGAAUGGAUUUUUUUAAACUCCUUCCCUUUCUUAUGAAAUCAAAUAUCUAAUAACAUUGCAUAAUUAUCUAGUGAGAAAUGUCUAUUGCCUUCUCUUUUUCAUGUUGAGAUAAAAACUAAUCUUUUAAAAUUGCUACUCACCUGAAAUUUAGGCUAAUUAUAAUUUUUGAUAUUGACGUCCUCAUGGCCCAACAGAGGUGUUGUAAACUCUUAAAUCACUGUGAUCUGAAUUAGAGAAGGUGCAGGUAGGAGGGGGUGACAGCCCACGAAGUCUGGGUACACAUUGCGUAAGAUGACGUGGAGAAAGCUUAGCCACUUCCUGUGACCCAAGUAAAUGAAUGGCCACUUCAAAUAAUCCAGAUCCCGAGUGGCUGUAGGUUCAUCUUUCUUUCUGGUUGGUGAAUUAUAUUUGUUAGAACUUUAUUUUUAGCAUGUCAGUACAGCUUUUUAAGUACCUUAUUUUUAUUCCUCUCACUCAUCAGUUACACACAAGGUGUACCUUAGAACCUUGGGUUAAAUUUUUUCAAGUUAAACCGAGGAAUUUGGUUCACAGUUUGCUUUAUCAUGUUUCCUGUUUAAUCGGAUGAGAAUUACACAUGCACUUAUUCCCUUGUUCUUCGUGUUUAUAGGAAAGACGCUGUUCUCGGCUACCUCAUUAUGUAGUGUUGUGCUUGAUCCCCUGCCAGUUUAGAAGAAUUCAACACAUUCUGUCCUUUAACAAAAGCCUGGAAACAAGCAGUAAGUGGCCUUGAGGAAUACAAUUCUCUAAGGCGUAGUUUCCAUUUUACUGCUUUUUUUUUUUAAUAGGCACUUUUAAUCAGGAGGAACAGUAAUUCUCCUAGAGCUGCUGCAAAGUGAUUACUUGAAACUCAACUUGAACUUUAAAGAGUCUUUACAAGGCUAUGUUUUCAUAAUGUAGAAAAGUAGUAUAUUUAAACACCACUGCUGUGUAAAAUAGAGGGCUUCAUUGCCAUCGUCAUUCAAAUCAGACAGGAAAUCUUGUCUGUCUGUAAUUUGACCCAGUGUUUGGGAUUUGGAUGCUUGGGGCUACUGUUCUUCAUAUUCUGUAAGGUGCUAUUGGGAGCAGUUUAAGGGUCUGUUAAGUGUAGUUUCAUGAAUUUGUUUCCCAAGAAUCUUAGUUUUGAUGAAAGUAUAGGGUUCAUCAAGAAGUUCCUCUUCUCUUUUAGUUCUGAUAACCUGGGGUUUUAAAAUGAAACUCUGAAAGUGCAGGGUUGAGUUGACCAAACAACACAGAACUGCAUUACACUUAAAAUCACGAGUGAUCGGGUUUGUUUUGUGUGUCAGUGGAAUGUCCCCAGCUUCCUCCCCUACGCACCAUCUGCACAGGGCACGUGUGGGUGCUGUCCUCGCCAGUAUGUGUCAGCCUACCUGGCUGGUGAGUUAGGGGGAGCUGCGGGGCCCACCACUCCUCGUAGACAGACCUUCCCUUCCGGGGGUGAUUUCUUAUAGGAAUUACCCAGUACCCUUCAUGGCCAAAAAGAGUUAUGCCCAUUCCUAAAAACCUAGCAUACUAGGAAUAACUUACAUACCAGGUGAGAUCUAAAACCUUAACUGUCCCUGUGCAUUAAGAUUUAAUGGAUGUGCUUGUGCUUUUUAGACUAAAGGGCUUGCUCCUGACAGCAGUAUUCUGGCAAAGUUCUCCUCGGGUGGAUCUAGCCGUCGGCCAUGAGGCAUUCCCUUAGGUGGUUUCCAAGAGAACCAAGGUUCACCCAUCUAAAGCCCCAAGCUUUUGUAUUGUAAUUGUUUUGAGGAAGAUAUCUGUAAACAUCCUCUGUACUGUCCCAAGUGAACCCAAUGGUCGUGAGCACGCGUGGGCUUCAGGGCCGGGUGCAUGUGGGUUUGGAGAUGCUGGCCGCUGGCUGCUUCGUGAGCUUCAAAGCCCUUUACCCUGUAGAAAGAGAUGAUGGGUGUUUACCUGCUGGGGUUGCUGUGAGGAAUCAGUGGGGUAAGGACGGCGAGAACUUGGUGUCUUGCACACAGAUGGGGUGGUUGGGAUCUCAGCUGCCAUUGCCGCCCGUCUCAGCCUCUAGUCACUCGUGGUCUCAGCUCUCGCCCUUCGCUCAGUGUCCCCACCCUUAGUGCUUUCUUCAUUCUCACGUCUGCCACCACAAUACACAAGUAAAUGCAUAUUUGCACUUCCAAAAUUAUUUAUUUUCUGGGUCCAUGACUCCGUUCUCCUCCUACUUCUCUAAGACCUCAAUUCGAGGUAACUCUAGACAGCGGAAACACCCCAAAAUAUGUGUUUAGAAUAUUUAGAGUGGUUAUAAAUAUCCCUUAUUUCAGGGUUUGCCUAAUGAAGUACUCUAAUAAUAUUUAAAACUCUUUCCUGAAGUUGAAUUUUUCUGUUUUCCUAAAAUAUUAAGGGUAGUAGUCUAUAUUAGUCCAAUAAACUGGAUGUUUUCUAGAUCUCUGUUUGAGAUCAGUAUACCUGAACUAUGUUUUCUGAACUUGGAUGUUAUGUGGAACCUAAAAACAAACAAACAAACUUUGUGUUACGUGUGUGUGUGUGUGUGUGUGUGUGUGUGUGUGUGUGGAGAACUUCUGUACCUUCAGGUAAAGAAGGGUUAUUUAACAAAGUGAUACGAAAAGUGAGCUACUUAAUCCUUUUAUAAAAUCACUUCCUUUCCAGUUCAGAUUACAAGACUGGUGAAUUUAGUGGUACGUGAUAUACCCAGCUUAUCUUGACUUCAGUAAGACAUUUGAUAAAGUCAUUCUUGAUAUUUUUGUGAUUGAGAAAAGGAAGUAGAAAUAGGUUUAAAAGGGCUGAGAAAUACCCAGGCAGUGUUGAUAAGAACGGGCCCUUGUGUCAGCACGGAUGGGGGUAAUCUAGCAGUAUGCGUUUUUAACGUUUUCACUAGUAACUUGUAUAAAACUAUAGACGGCGGAGGAAAGUGUUGGGUGUUAGGGUCUGCAGUGCUUUUUUUACAGUCUAAUAACAUGGCUAAAUAUAGUCUUAUGUCUAGGUUCAGAGAAGAUAGUUCCAAAUUGAAAGGGAAAGAAAAAAAUGUAUGGGGGGAAAUCAUUGAUAAUUUGAACAUAAGCCAACUGUUUAAAAAAAUAGUGCCCUUGUCUGUGUGGGGGGCUGGUAGCCCGAAGAGGAAGUCUGUUCCGUCCACGUGCUGCAUUGAUGGGCCCUGGGAACUGCACUGAGCUGCCGGCUCUGGGCACCAGCGCCUGGGAGGCCACCCGGGGGAUGACAGCCGCGGUGGUGGGCUCUCUGGAGGCCUCCGGCUCUGGCCUGCUGGGGGAGCUUUAGAAGGAGCAGGUGUGCGUGCCCCAGAGCGCCUUGCUCAAGCCGAGAGGCAGAAACUAUAGAGGCAGAAUGUUUCUGUCGCUCUUAGAACUUUCUAGAAUUGCCUCGUGAUGAAAUGGGUGCCUCCUGUGGUUCUGAGCGCUCAGCUCUGAGAAUCACCCCAAGGAUGCCCCCCUGCAGCUGGGACUAGCGGGUGUGACAGUGUCAGCCACGGGAGUCUUGCACGGUGACAGGAUGUUGUCACAGGCUCCAAAGCUCCUUGCAGACAAGAGGUUCUGUGAACAGUUUAGUAAAAAAGGAGGGGGGGGGCGGGAAAUAGCAUUUGUAUUUUAGCUUUCACAUUGUUUUUGAGGAGAAGGGCCUUUGUUCCUCCUGACGUGUGCUCUCUCCCCGCCUCCCUCCCCUCCGUCCUCUCUGCCCGCUCACCGUCUCCUGAUUGCGGCCACCGGCCCACGGCUACAGCCAGCUUCAGCGGAACCUUCAGAAAUAGACGUACUUCUAGAGAUUUCCCUAAAACCGUAUUGUUAACUACAGUGAUUCUUGCUGUUUAUAUACUCUUUGUUCUAAAUCCCUCAGUACCUCUGCAGACUUAAGAAAGCUGAUAAGUAAAAAUCGGACUCUUUUAAGCAGGGCCUGGGACGCCGUCCCACAGUGGCGGGGAGUUGGGUCGGCUGACCUCUCCCAGCCCCUCCCAGCUCCAGGAACGGCCACCUCGCUGAUGGGUUACUUCGUCAUCCCUGGAGAAGCGUUUCCAGAGGACCUGCUUCCUCUCGGGUUCUGUCCCUCGCCCUCCUAUGAAAGCCCCUGCAGUCUUCCUCCCGGUUGACGGGGGUGCAGGGACGCCACUCCCCCUCUGCGUCUCCUCCCGACCCCACCUGCCCCAAAGCCCAGGGACUGAGCAGAGGCUGGGACGGGCACGCAAGUCCAGGUCCAGGUCCGAGGGAGGGAGCUCUCCGCGUUGUUCUCCGGGUGUGUGCCUUCUCCCUAUCCCCUCGGUCGUCUUCACUCACGGGUAACCCUUUGUUUGAACCAGUGUUCACUUUCCUCCCCAUGUCCCAUUGUGCCCGCACAGACUGUGGGUGGGAUCUCCCAGAACAUAGGCCCUUCCUGCAGUUGGCACUUCUUUCUGGGCGGUUGAGGAACUUUAGUCAAGAUGGGAGGAGGUAUUUUGGUUGCGUUCUGAAGCGUACCCUUAUUUACCUACUUUUCUUGGCAAUCGCAUCCUCACCUGCCCUCUGAUCUCAUCCCGUGGCCUCUCCCAGUCUGGUUUUUUAACUGCUUGAAUUAUGUAUCCAAAAGAGUGAGGGGCGCGCUUCUGGUUCCCCAGACUGUUAACCUAAAAACAUGUGUUGAAAAAGCAUGCUUCCGGGAGCCCUCACCUGGCCUCUGUGACCAGCACUUUCGGCCGCCAGAGAGCCAGAGCGGUCGCCCAGGCCGGGCAGCUCCCAGAGUCUGCGCUACUCUGCUCCUCGCACUGAGAACCGGCGGGGCCCAGAGCCUCCCGCCCAGGCAUGGCCAAGUGCAUCUCUGCGGCUCCUUAAGCAGCUAGCCUGGAACAGCCUCCCCGGGGCCCUGGGCAGCCUCACCUUCCACACCUGCCCCGGAGGUUCUUAGGGCUCCUGUCUGAGCCAGGAGCAGGGACCCCAGAUGCCAGCGCCCAGCUGCCAGGUGCCGUGCGGGCUCCGCCUCGUCCUUUCCUCUUGUUUAGCUCUGAUUAAAAACACACUGCACUCCAAAUUGUGAAUAGGAUCGGAAAUUAGAAUUCCUCAUUUACAGUAAGAGAGAGACCAUCUUUACGUAUUUUUUUCAAAAGGAAUUUUUGCUUCAGAAAACACUCCAGAAAGUAAAUGUAUUCUUGUUAAUCUAAGCAUAUGCUCAUUGAAUUGGACUCUAUGCUCUGUGUAAAAUUACGUAGGAUCUGGUACGUGGGGCAAAAGGGUAUGUAUCGUCAGCUUAAAAACAAACCUUCAGUGUCGGUGGGUUUACAGCUCUGUUUUCCUAUAGGGGACCUCAAAAUUCAAGUUUUACGUGAAAACAGAGAUCAGCCAGGUUCCAUGGGGUAGAUGAUUUUAUGGUGGGAAAUGUCUCAAGUGGCCUUUAGUUGAGAAAAGCACAGGCGCUUUAGCAACACUAGCUUCAUUAAGUAUCAGUGGCUUUUUCUGCUGAUGGGAUUCUUUUCAUUUUGACUCAUCUGUAACACAGCCUUUGUUUGGUUCCUCAUUCCUGUACCCCUUCAAGUCGCCAGUGACAUAGCGAUACUUGUUUUGUGUUCAGUCAUACCACUUGUGAAUUGUGACGACCAUGAAAAAAUAAUCACGUUUUCGGCAGAACUUUUUGAACACCUGUCGCGGCCCGUUCUGCACUUGCAUCAGCAGAGCUGGGAGUGAUGAGUGGAUUUAACAAAAGCACCUCCCUCCUCCACCCCUUCCCUCCCAUCCUCAUCAGAAAUGAUUGUAGAAGUACCUCAAGCAGGCUCUGGCAGACUUCAUUUUCACACUGUAUGUUCCUGGUGACAGAGACGCUCGUACCUAUCUGUGAAUGGGGUCCAUCCAUCACUCAUUCUAAAACGUGUAGAUUCAUUCGUUUUCUCUCACCGAUCCCAGUCUUCCGCUGUGAGAGAAGACUACCAAGGGAACUCCUUGAAACAGGGCCAUAAAUUCAGUUUGACUUUCCCAGACUCAGGGCUGAUCUUCACAGUGGGCCCUGGUCUGGCAGAACAACCAGCGACACUCCUGUUGCCUGGUUGCCUGUGCAGCACCAGCAGCCAUAUGUGACAGUCGCCCUUGUCAAGAACCAGUUUUCAGCACACUCUUGUUUUGUCAUUUUGAUGCUUUUAAUACCAUAAAGCCAAGUCCAUGAAUACCAGAUUUCCAAAAUACCAUAUCAAAAUUCAUCCUCUUAAACGCAAGUCUUUGUUUAAUUAACAUAUCUAUAUUUUCUGACAUGGUACAUACAGAAGAGUUUUUAAUUUAAAUCCUGCAGCUUUUAUUAUCUGGUAAGAUUCCAAGUUGAGCAGUCAGUCUACUUAGACGUGUAUUCAGAUGAGGGUUACGUGUGUUCAGAUGAGGUAUCUCGAUCUUUAAAGAAAGACCUACUACUGAAAAAACCAGAGAUUUGCAAUGAAAUAUACAUAAGCUAGACAAAAGACAUGCUAUGGAAAGUUCAAAAUAUUUCAAGUACUGGGAAGUUGCAACUUGUAGAAUUAUCCUCCCCAAAUUCAGUAGGAUAGCAGAGAAAUUGUGCUAAUGUGAUUUCAUUGAAACGUCAUGUCUCAAACAUCCUGUGGUACAAGUGUAUUCAUUUGUUCUGUGGAGUAGUUUUCUAUUCCGUUGCUGGUAUGAAAUUUUAGUGAAGUUGAAGUAAUUUCGAAUUAGUAACCUUUCUUACAAAGUUGCUUUAUGGUUUACAAGUAAUACUGAUGCAAAGAGGCUAUGUUAACUUUCUUAAAAUUAAGUAGCACGCACUUUGUUUACCAGUUUUGGUUUAUUGUGGGGUAACUACGGGGUCACCCCGUUUCACGAGCACAGGAUUUGUGCUUUGGGAACAUACUGCAGUCGUGCUGUUCUCUUGUACCAAGGAUCAGUGAAAGUGUUUUAUCUUUUUUAUGUAGUUUGUAUUGACUGGAUUUUAUAACUGUAAGAAAACAGAAACAGAGUGUUGUAUUUUGAUCUGAAAUUUGUCUAUGGUAAAGUAAUUUUGUUUUAUGUAUUGGAAGUUCAUUUAAAACUUGAAAUAUUUUGUAGAAGGGUACCGAACAAACGAAUCGUCUUUAAGCUGUUUAAUUAACCUAAUAAAACAAUUUGAU